AAGAGGAUCAGUUUUGAGCUGAAGGUCGCCAUCGGUUUCUGUUUUCUUCUUAGAUGAUUGACUAACCCUUAUGGCUCUAUCGUUUGACGACAAACUUCUUGGUGAAAAAGUUCACAAUUAUUGUAGCAGUAGUGAAGGCGAAGAAGACAGUGAAGAUAGCGGAGAGGAGAAUGAAUCUGCAACUACAGUUCCAGAAAGUGUAAAUCCCCCAAGUCUGUCUCAUCCUGGCUAUCCGCAGACUGGACCAAAGGGUGUAGUUGCUGAUUAUGAACGUUUUAAAAGGUUAGAAAGCGAAAGGAACGCUGAGAAAGAACGAAAAAUUGCCGAAUAUGCAAAACAACAUUCCCUUAGUUGCAGACCUUAUAGUGAAGAUAAACAGACGUAUCCACCUGAAGAAACUUCAGAUGAUAGUGACGACGAAUUUCUGAAUCAAUAUAGGCGAAACAGAAUUAAUGAACUCCAAACCGCUACUAAAAAUUUACCGACUUUCAACAAGAUCUACGACCUUGUAGCAGACACAUUUGUUGAAGAGAUAGAUAACACAAACAAGGAGACAACUGUUAUUGUUUUUAUUUAUGAAAAUGGUAAUAAAUCUUGUGCAAAAGUCAACACUUGUCUGGAAAAAAUAUUUGAAGAUUAUCCGCAUGUGAAGUUUUGCAGAAUUCGAGCUUCUGAUGCUUAUCUAAGUUACCGAUUCUCUCAUCAUGGUGUUCCUGCCAUUGUAGUCUACAAAAAUGGAGAGGUGAUAGGGAAUCUGCUUUCCAUUACUAGAGAUCUUGAUCGAGAAUUCUAUCCAAGCGAUCUGGAAAAUUACCUAAUUGAACAUGGAUUUUUACCUGAUAAAACAAUGAUUCAAUCUAAUCCAAUGAUAAAUUCAUGUUCUGAUGUUUGUAAAGGAAAUUAAUCUUUAUUAUGUAUGUGCAUUUUGAUUCUUCAUAUUAUAUGCAUUUUACUUAGCCAAAGUAAAUAGUUGGUUUCUUUUUUGUAUAACUUCUUUACCGUCUUUUUUUUGUUAAUAUUAUUUGAAAAUGUUAAAUAUUGUGAUAAUUGUUGUAAAAUAUCUUAAAAUAAAUAUAGUUUUCCUAAUAA